AUGAACAAGACGCUCGUGGAGGUGGGACAGCGCCUGGAUGAAACGGGGUCGGUUGUGUGGAGUAAGGCCCGUUCCUUCUUCAACGAUUGCCUCGUCAUCGAAGGGCCAGAAACUCCCACUCUGCCCCACACCACUUGGGUGGUGGUCACUGGUGGAGGCGUCCCCCGCCCGGACAACGAUGGUGGUCUUUCGACUGCCGUCGAGACGCUCGAUAUGGACCAAUUCGACUCCAUGUCGGUCAGCUGGCACAUGCCGCCUCCGCCGAGUGUCGAUGCCACAGUCGACCACCCGGACACCGGCGUCGAAAACGGCCCCACCAGCCAGCACUUUGACUCCGACAGCACGACGGUGAACACUCCCGACGGUGCCGACGGCAACGAUGAAGACGCCAUGGCGUGGCUCUGGCCUACGGAUGCUGCGUCCCUGGCCCCCAGCUCGUCCUCCGUCGGGUGGCCCGACGCGUGGUCAGCCGAGGGCCCGGCUAUGUCGCCCACGCUGGUCGACGCUGCCGCGUCCCCAGAACCGCCGAUGCCAGUCGCUUCGCCGACGACUUCGGAGGACGAGCUGGUCAUUGUCUCGUCGACGUCGUCGUCCUCAUCGUCCUCAUCGGGCAUCUUGGUAAACUCGGAGGAUGGUGAUUCCGAUGACUCCGAACACUACUAUCUGAUCUAA